GCGCGAGAUAGGUUGUCUGUCUUGCAGGGUGCAGGGCGCAGACUUCGGGUGGACGCGGCUGAGGUGACAGACUGCACCUCCUCCUUGAGAGCGUCGGGUUCUGGUAUUUGUCUUCUCUGCUUUCACCCGUGUGUGUCCAGAGCCGGCUUGUCUUUCAAUUUUCUUUGUCCAUAUGUGCACCAGAAUCACUGCUGCUUAACUUGAACCUAGUAAAAUUGACCUUACCAAUGACAUGUUUAAGUCAAACCUGCCAAGAAGUAUGCUUUGAAUGAACUUUCACUCGUGCAAGUUUUUCAGUUUACUUAACCUAAGCUAUCAGAUGUCUGCAAUUAUUGGUAACCUAAGGGGCUCAUGACCCCCAAAGGGAAGGGAUAAGAUGUGGUGAUCUCAAAUGCUCUGAGAUCCCAUUACUGUAUAAUUAUACAUUUGAAAUCACCCAUGUGAAGGCAGCAAAAAACCAGGGACUUGGCCACCAUGCAGCAGACAACCAAAUUAUUUCUCCGAGCUUUGAAGUAUAGUAUUCCUCACCUUGGGAAAUGCAUGCAGAAACAGAAUUACUGUAACUUCGCUGAUCGUUAUUACAAUAGAAUAAGAUUGAAAAAGUAUCACCUGCAGAAUAAAUCCAAGAUAUCAGAAUUAGCAAGACACAUCCCAAGUCGGAGCUUCUCAUGUAAGGACCUUCUGCCUAUUAAGCCAGAAAACGAAAAAUCCCUUUCUGAAAACAUGGACGCAUUUGAAAAAGUGAGAACAAGAUUAGAAACACAGCCACAAGAAGAAUACGAAAUCAUCAAUGCCGAGAUUAAGCAUGGCAGUUUCGUUUAUUACCAAGAGGGUUGCUGCUUGGUCCGUUCCAAAGAUGAAGAAGCCGACAGCGAUAAUUAUGAAGUUCUAUUCAACCUGGAGGAACUGAAGUUGGAGCAGCCCUUCAUUGACUGUAUCAGAGUUGCCCCUGAUGAGAAAUACGUGGCUGCCAAGAUAAGGACGGAGGAUUCGGAAACAUCCACCCUCAUAGUUGUGAAGCUCAGUGAUCAGCCUGUGAUGGAAGCUUCUUUCCCAAAUGUGUCCAGUUUUGAAUGGGUGAAGGAUGAAGAAGAUGAAGAUGUCUUAUUCUACACCUUCCAGAGGAACCUUCGAUGCCAUGACGUAUAUCGAGCCACAUUUGGUGAAAACAGACGUAAUGAGCGUUUCUACACAGAGAAAGACCCAAGCUAUUUUGUUUUCCUUUAUCUUACAAAAGAUAGUCGUUUCCUCACCCUAAAUAUUAUGAACAAGACGACUUCUGAGGUGUGGUUGAUAGAUGGCCUGAGCCCUUGGGACCCACCAGUACUGAUUCAGAAGAGAAUACAUGGGGUACUUUACUAUGUCGAACAUCGAGAUGAUGAAUUAUACAUCCUCACUAAUGUUGGAGAACCUACAGAAUUCAAGCUGAUGCGAACAGCAGCCGAUGCCCCAGCUAUUAUGAAUUGGGAUUUAUUCUUCACAAUGAAGAGAAAUACCAAGGUUGUAGACUUGGACAUGUUUAAGGACCACUGUGUUCUGUUCCUGAAGCACAGCAACCUCCUCUAUGUUAAUGUGAUUGGUCUGGCUGACGACUCCAUUCGCUCUCUCAAGCUCCCUCCCUGGGCCUGUGGAUUCAUAAUGGAUACAAAUUCUGACCCAAAGAAUUGCCCCUUUCAGCUUUGCUCUCCCAUAAGACCUCCAAAAUAUUACACAUAUAAAUUUGCAGAAGGCAAACUGUUUGAGGAAACUGGACAUGAAGAUCCGAUUACAAAGACCAGUCGUGUUUUACGAAUAGAAGCCAAAAGCAAGGAUGGAAAAUUAGUGCCAAUGACAAUUUUUCACAAAAUGGAUUCUGAGGACUUGCAGAAGAAGCCCCUCUUGGUGCAUGUGUAUGGAGCUUAUGGGAUGGAUUUGAAAAUGAAUUUCCGGCCUGAGAGGCGAGUCUUGGUAGAUGAUGGAUGGAUCUUAGCAUAUUGCCAUGUUAGGGGUGGUGGCGAGUUGGGCCUCCAGUGGCAUGCUGAUGGCUGCCUAACUAAAAAACUCAAUGGCCUUGCUGACUUAGAGGCUUGCAUUAAGACGCUUCAUAGCCAAGGCUUCUCCCAGCCGAGCCUAACCACACUGAGCGCUUUCAGUGCUGGAGGGGUGCUUGUGGGAGCCCUGUGCAACUCCAAGCCAGAGCUCCUUCGAGCUGUGACUCUGGAGGCACCUUUCUUGGAUGUCCUCAACACCAUGAUGGACACCACACUUCCCCUGACACUAGAAGAGUUAGAAGAAUGGGGGAACCCCUCGUCUGAUGAAAAACACAAGAACUACAUAAAACGCUACUGUCCCUGUCAAAACAUCAAACCUCAGCAUUAUCCCUCAAUUCACAUAACAGCUUAUGAAAAUGAUGAGCGGGUACCCCUAAAAGGAAUUGUAAACUAUACUGAGAAACUUAAGGAAGCCAUCGCGGAGCAUACUAAGGACGCGGGAGAAGGCUAUCAGCCCCCCAACAUUAUUUUAGACAUCCAGCCCGGAGGGAACCAUGUGAUAGAGGAUUCUCACAAAAAGAUCACAGCCCAGAUGAAAUUCCUGUAUGAGGAACUUGGACUUGACAGCACCAAUGCUUUCGAGGAUCUUAAGAAAUACCUAAAAUUCUGAAAUGCUGCAUUUAGCUGAGAACUGGAAACACAUGGAAAUAAUUAGUCUUAUUUCCAGUUGGUUUAGCAAAAGUGAAUUUUUUUAAGUUAUUACAUAAUUUUUAAAGUUGUUUCUUCGUGUAAAUUUUGCUUAAUAUGCUUCUCGCUUGUACUGUUCAUACCAGCACAUACCCGCUAGCCUGGGAGAGCAGGUUUCGGUCACUCCUUAGUAGGAUGUAGAGAAGGAGCCAGGACUGGGUGGGAGACUGACCACCAGGCCUCCCUUCCAGUCAGAACAGGUUCGUGCUUAUUAAUAGAAUUUUCUUUGUCCAGUUUACCAAUCCUCGUCCUUCCUCUUUGCUAGUAAACAUCUUUAGACACUGUGACAGUAAGUCACCUUUCAGUUUUCACAACUCCACCUUAAAGAAAAGAAUAGCAUUCUUCAUAUUUAAAUGCUUUAGAAUUUGGGGGGAAUCUUUUAAACACUUUAUUGUUCUUUCCAACAUUUGAGAAUCUCCCCUAAAACAGUUGCAUUCCUGCUACCGAAAUGUAAGAACUGGUGACCAUUCAUGAGGCUUGCUCAGCAACGUGCUGUAUGUAAUGUUAAGAUGUACUAGAUGCAGGUGGCCAUCCCAUAAAUGGAGACCCCUAACACAGGGUAUACAGAAUGUCCAGUGUGCUGGAAUAGCAUGCACGAUUGGAGACAAAGCAUCUGUCUCUGAGAGCUGCUUGGUGGUGGUGGAGAGUCGUCAUGCUGUGUUCCAAGAUGAGUCCUUCUCCCUUCUCCAGAGAAAUGGCUUGUGUGUCAACCUCACUGCCUUUGGAGGCCGAGUUAGUACUUAAUCUUAUUCUAAGUUUCGUAGGAAGACCUGAGAUGAUUUCCUGUAGAUUUAGCAGAGUUGAUGAUUCUCCAAAAUUCAAAAUCACAAUGAAGACUUUAUCUAUGCCAUCCAGCUCUCUUGUGUACACAACAAAGUUACUAUCAACACUCAAAAGGCAAAACCAGCCCCUAUUGAGAAGCAGCUCUCUGGCGUGGAGUAGACUUAAAUCCUGAUACAGCCUCAACGCUGAACUUGGUUCGGUCUUUUGGACCUGUUUUUAAAAAAAAAAAAAAAAUCACAUAAAUGUUUUAGUUUAAGAAUUAUUUCCCUCUCCCCCCAAAAAAAUUUGCUUCCAUUUGCCCUUUAAAAUAACUGCCCAAAAAAGUAAAUAAUUGCCAAAUUAUAAGCAUUUAUAGUUUACCCUAAAGUCAUAGGAAUUGCAAUUCAUAUUUUCUGCUUGUCUGGGAGUCAUUUCAUUAUGCACAGUGCUCCCACAUCUUAGAGUAGCUGUAGAAGCCAAAUUUGACCCCACUUGAGGGCAUUGCUGGAAUGAAGUCACUGUGCUGUGUUGUAACUGCCAGAUGCCUGGAGGUGAAAAGCAUCUUAUGCAUUGGGACUUAGCUGUUCUUGGCUGUGGGAUAACAUGAAGGGCUCUAUAGUGCAGACAGAGAUCCUGGGGCCAACAGACAUGGACUCUUAAAUCGCUGGUAAUGGGAAAAACACUGAAAAACUGUGUAGAGCCUAAGACUCUAGACUCUUUGCUUUCUUGUUACCUCCCCAACCCGACCCCACCCCUGGCCAUCAAAGUAGUUUUGUUCAUUCAAGGUUUGGAUUUAUUUUACAGCUAUAUAAAACAUACCUAAUUUACUACUGUUCUUUCUUCUUUUUCUUUUUCCUCAAAAGCAUUUUUCUGUUACAUUGUCUGCACAGAUGUCAUUGUAAUGGCCGGUAAUGUUCUGUUGAAUGGUUUUUCCAUCCCCUUUACUUUUAAACAUGUGCACUUGUAGUGUUUUCUUACAUUUUCAAUCCCCUCCUCCCAUGUUUUAUAUUAUUUAUUUAAGAUCAAUUAUCAGACAGAUAAUUGCUGUGUCAAAGAUAUGGACAUUCAAUGCAUAAUACCAAACGAUUCGGAGCUGUUGCCAAAUCAGCAGUAAUGUUCAUUCAUUACACUCUUGCCAGCCACUUUUCCUGGGGUGGUGGUGGAGUUUGUCAUUGUUACUGUCGUUGUUUUCAGGUAGAUGCUUAAUAAUGUGUACUUAGUGACUAUCUCAUGGAUGUUUAAAAAUGUUCCUUCCGUUUAUCGGGUGAUUAAACAGUGAUUGUGCUGUGUAUAUGGGACACAUCAGUGUUUGUCAUUCUCGGUAGCUUUAGAUAAUACAUGAGUAUCAGAGCUUAGUGCCACUCUCGUGGGAGGUGCCCAGUGAGCUGUUCCUUUCAUCUGCUUUCAUUUGAACUCUUUCCCUAUAAUCCUGGACUUGUCUGUCUCUCUCGAGUCUCUCACAAUACUUGUUUGAUACAUUGAGGCUUCUGUUAACACAUAAUGCUUUUCAUAUUGAAUUCUAUUUUGUCUGCUAUUAAAUAUUUCCAAGCCUG